UGUAAAGGCACACAGAUUUUCUUUCCAGCAUCAUACAGAGGUGACAACCAUGAAAUCAGUUCUUAGGUGCGUGACUUUGUGUGUCAUCCUGGCCAUCGCAGUGUGCUUUGAGUCUGAUGAGAGUAAUGAGUCUCUUGAAGACCUGAUCCUGAACCGCUACAGAGCAAACACUUUCAUGAACUCUCCUGGACGCAACAACUAUAACACCUACAGAUGGGGUGUCUUCAAGUCUCCAGCUGAACGUCGUUCUGAGAUCUGCGAGGACAACUUUAAGUGUCGACUGAUGGCUCGUCGCUAUGGCCCCCAGUUCGCCUAUCAGAAGUACUUCGGUGGUCAGCGAGUCAACAACAACGGCCUCCGUUACUGAGCAGGCAUGCACACUGGGUGCACUGUGUGAACCACACACUGAAUUUCAACAUUAUAUUAGUGUAAUCAAAAUCAACGCUACAUUCAUUUUUACGUUUUUGUGUGUAACUUUUAUUUCUCUUUCUGAUGCCUGACUCGGGUUAAAACGUGAGAUUAUACCAUGAUGAUAUAAGAAGAUUUACUAAUCAUGAUCAGUCAAGUCAAAACGACCCUAAAGGACCCUGUCUAAAAAAA